AUGCUGAAAUCUAAGCUCAAAGAGCCGGCAUCUGUUCUUUGUCCGGACUCUGAAGAGUAUGAAAAAAGCCUGGAAAGGUGGUCGGCAGUUGGGAUUCAACGAGCGGGAAUAAUUGUGCGCCCGAACAGCGCCGAAGAUCUUGCUACCACUCUGCGCUUUGCUAGGGACAACCGAGUGGACCUGGCAGUCAAGGGUGGAGGACAUUCGACAGACACUUCCUCCUCGAGUAACGGAGGUAUUUUGAUUGAUCUUGGCAGUAUGAGACAGGUCAAUGUCGACCCGAUCAAGUCAACUGUUACUGCACAGGGUGGCGCACUUUGGAAGGAUGUAAACGAUACUGCCGCUCUGUUUGGCCUGGCCGUAGUUUGCGGAACGGUCAGCCAAACGGGGGUUGGGGGGCUCACUUUGCGCGGGGGAUGUGGGUAUUUGACUCCGAGAUAUGGGCUCGUCCUUGACAAUCUUCUUUCCGCUAAAGUUGUCACUGCGGACGGACAGAUCCUAAAUGCAUCCGCAAACGAGCACCCUGACCUUUUUUGGGCAGUUCGGGGCGCUGGAGCGAACAUUGGGGUGGCAGCGGAACUGACGUUCCAGGCGCACACGCAGGCUAAUAUGGUUUGGUGUGGCUCCAUGAUUUUCACGCAUGACAAACUACCUGUCGUCCUCGAGGCACUCAACGGUGCCCUGCUUCAUCCACAGAAUAACGCGGCAGCGCAAUGUGUCCUUGCUCUAUCUCCCGAUACUGGGACCCCGGUUGUCACCACUGUACUCUUCUUCAAUGGUUCCGAGGAGGAAGGGAGGCGUCACUUCUCUAGCCUUGUUAAAUUGGAAAAUAUCAGUAUGGAGAUGGAAAUGAGGCCUUACGCAAAGGCCAACACCAUGCUUGACACUGCCUUGCCGCCUGGCGGAAGAAAAAAGAUUGUCGGGGUGAAAUUCGCUCCGUCUAUUCGGCCUGAAUUUGCCUCCAACCUUUUGAUGGAAGUCGGCCGCAAGCUCACCACAGCGCCAGAUCUAGCUACUAGCUGUCUCGAGGUCGAUUAUUUUGAUCUUUCAAGGGUCAAUGGUGUGCCCAUCGCUGAGACUGUCUUCCCAAGUCGAACGAACACUCUCAAUGGAGCCCUUCUCCUCCAGUGGACUGAUCCGAACAAGGACCAGGAGUUUAUAGCAUGGGGGGAAGAAAUCCAGACUAUGUGUGAGACUGAGUUACGGCGAGCUGGUCAGAAACCAGAUAAAACGGUGUCGACAUUCUUCGGCUAUACUCAGGAUGAUAACAUGACACCCGAAGAUAUGUUCGGGGUCAAUGCUGACGCCCUACUCAAGGUGAAAAGAAAAUACGACCCAGACAACGUUUUCAACAAAUUGAACCCUCUGGUGCUGUCUGGUUAG